GCCAACUGCCCGUGGUCAUUUUUGGUCACUUCCAUUUGCUCCUCAAGUUCCAUGGAAAGAGCGAGCCCGCCACUAAGUGCACCUGCCAUGGGGCAAGAACCACGACAUUUCGCGACGCUACAACUCCACUUGGCUCCCAGUGGCGCGCCGCGUUUCCUUUCCCGAUCCUCAUUUGCGCACUCAUCCAUGGAUGGAAGUACCUUCGCGUUCGCUUGUUGCUAAGUUGGUUGUGUGGAAACUUGAAAGAAACAUCGGAUGGUGGGUGGUAAACGGUCUUGAAUGGCUACACCCCAGACUCCUUAUCGCAGUCUAUCCCCUCCGUUGCUAUCGUCACCGGCUAUGAUUUCCUCAUUGCAAGAGGUCAUCGAUGCAGACCAUCUUGCUUUGCUUCGCUUCUGGCGUGCAUUUGCAGCUGGGGUGCAUACGUACUUACAUAGUAGAUAUAUACACAUGCAUACUUGGAAAUAUAUACAUAGACCAGG